GAGCAGUGAGGAUAUGACGCGCGCUCUCUGUGUCUGCCUCGCUUUCCACAUAAAGCCAGACACAUCACAAAAACUCAAUUCAAACGGGAUCAUCUCAAGGAUCUGAAAACUGGGGAAAUAGUCUAUAUAGAGGCAUAAACCUUUUUCUUUUAGAUAACAUUCUCAUACAGACAGUAGUAAACUGAGUUUUCCAUCUGACGCGCAUCUGCUCCAGAAACACGCGUGUUCAUCUACAGAAAAGUAUGGCAGACUAUCUGAUAAGUGGAGGAACGGGCUAUAUCCCUGAUGACGGACUGUCCGCCCAGCAGCUCUUUUCCAUCGGAGAUGGUCUAACUUACAAAUCAGAACAGAAGUCUGUCCGAGACGGACUCACGGCGGAAGAGCUUUGCUCUAUGGGGGACGGUAUGACUUACAAUGACUUCCUGAUCUUGCCUGGCUUCAUUGACUUCACCUCAGAUGAAGUGGACCUGACCUCAGCAUUGACCAAGAAGAUCACAUUGAAGACUCCACUCAUCUCCUCUCCUAUGGAUACUGUUACUGAAUCCUCAAUGGCCAUUGCCAUGGCGCUGAUGGGAGGAAUUGGUAUCAUUCACCAUAACUGCACCCCAGAGUUUCAGGCCAACGAGGUGCGCAAAGUGAAGAGGUUUGAGCAAGGUUUCAUCACUGAUCCAGUGGUCCUGAGUCCUCGUCACACUGUAGGUGAUGUGCUUGAAGCAAAAGUUCGACAUGGAUUCUCUGGAAUCCCCAUAACCGAGACGGGCAAGAUGGGCAGCAAACUGGUCGGCAUCGUCACAUCACGAGACAUCGAUUUCCUGUCUGAAAAAGAUAAUAGCAAACCCCUAGAGGAGGCCAUGACUAAAAGAGAGGAUCUUGUUGUUGCUCCUGCUGGUGUCACACUGAAAGAGGCCAAUGACAUCCUGCAACGCAGCAAAAAAGGUAAGCUGCCCAUCGUGAAUGACAAGGAUGAACUGGUGGCCAUUAUAGCCCGCACUGACCUGAAGAAGAACAGGGACUAUCCUCUGGCCUCCAAAGAUUCUCGCAAACAGCUGUUGUGUGGUGCCGCCAUCGGCACCCGUGAUGACGACAAAUACCGUCUGGACUUACUCACGCAGUCUGGGGUAGAUGUAGUGGUUCUGGAUUCGUCACAAGGCAACUCGGUAUACCAGAUUAAUAUGAUCCAUUACAUCAAGCAGAAGUACCCAGAGCUGCAGGUUGUGGGAGGAAAUGUGGUUACAGCUGCUCAGGCGAAGAACCUGAUAGACGCAGACGUGGAUGCGUUGAGAGUGGGAAUGGGCUGUGGUUCAAUCUGCAUCACACAGGAAGUUAUGGCAUGUGGACGACCUCAGGGCACCUCCGUGUAUAAGGUGGCAGAAUACGCUCGAAGAUUUGGGGUGCCGGUCAUCGCAGAUGGUGGCAUCCAGACGGUCGGCCAUGUGGUGAAGGCUCUGUCCUUGGGGGCAUCGACAGUGAUGAUGGGAUCUCUGCUGGCCGCCACCACAGAAGCUCCAGGCGAGUAUUUCUUUUCAGAUGGGGUGCGACUGAAGAAAUACAGAGGAAUGGGCUCACUAGAUGCCAUGGAGAAGAACACCAGCAGCCAAAAACGAUACUUCAGUGAGGGUGAUAAGGUGAAGGUGGCUCAAGGAGUUUCAGGCUCUGUGCAGGAUAAAGGCUCAAUCCAUAAAUUUGCCCCAUACCUCAUUGCUGGAAUCCAACACGGCUGCCAAGACAUUGGCGCGAAAAGCCUCUCGGUGCUCCGUUCCAUGAUGUAUUCUGGAGAGCUGAAGUUCGAGAAGAGGACCAUGUCUGCUCAGGUGGAGGGUGGUGUGCAUGGACUUCACUCUUAUGAGAAGCGACUUUACUGAUGGAAUGGGCCGAACACGGAUGAGAAGCAGUGACCAAACACCUCAGACAAAUCCUAGAACUUAGCCCACCCUGCCAGCACCCCUUCUCUGCUCUUCACCGUUCCUCAGGCACAACCACCACAGUGACAGAUGGAGAAGAGAAGUAUUAAAUGAGUUUGAGAGCAAGACCUCAAACCAAUUCAAUCCCCAAAAACAUGGCAGUUGCACUCGAGGGAGCAUCAGGGUUGCCAAAAAGCUGCCUGAGUGUGGGUUUUUGCA